AUGGUUCCUAGUCCUAAAACAAUAUUGGGUGGUGGUUUGUCCGGCCUAUCAGCUGCCUAUUACCUCUCCAAGCUCGCCGGUAAAGAAAAACUAGCCCUAAUAGAAGCCUCCAACCAUUUAGGGGGUUGGAUAAAGUCCGAAAAAGUCGACAAAGAAGUUGUAUUUGAACAGGGCCCUAGAACAAUUCGUCCUGUAGGAGCUGCAGGAAUUAACACCCUGAAUUUACUAGAUGAUUUGGGCUUAAACUCUGAAGUGGUACCGAUUACUAGAGACAAUGUUGCAGCUAAAAACCGCUUAAUUUACGUCAAUGGAGAGCUUCAUACUUUACCAAACUCAAUUUUAAGUUUACUUAGCAAGCAAAAGCCAUUUUCCAAGCCACUUGCAUUACAUUUGAUGCAAGAUCUCACAGCAAAAUCCAUUAAAGUACCAGACGAAUCCCUAUAUGAUUUCACUAAAAGAAGAUUUGGCCCAGAAAUAGCAGAUUAUCUUAUUGAUGCAAUGCUUUGUGGAAUUUGUGCUGGCAACUCCAGAGAAGUCAGUGUGAAUUUUUUAAUGAAAAAACUCUUUAUGUAUGAGCAAAAAUAUGGCAGCAUUACAAAGGGUGUUUUUAAACAUUUACUGGACAAAAAAGAGAAACUUCCAAAUAGAGGACUUUUAGCUGCCCAAGCAAAACUAGGCAAAUGGAAUGUGUAUACUUUCAAAGGGGGAAUGGAAACUUUGCCAAUUGCUUUAGAAGGGGCUCUCAAGUAUUUUGGCAAUACUCAAAUACAUUUGAAUAUGAAAUGUGAAAAAAUAACAUUCAACAAUGAUAAAUGUUUACUAGAUUUACAUGAUGGCAGUCAACAAGAUUCUAGUCAUAUAAUUAGCUCAAUUGCAGCUAAAAAUUUAGCUUAUUUAAUUGCCAAUCAACAUCCUGAUUUAGCUAAUAAAUUAGCAAAAAUUAAAAUGGUUGAUGUGGCUGUUAUUAAUUUGUUUUAUAAUGGAAAUCUUAUUAAAAAUCCUGGCUUUGGGUUUUUGGUUCCUCCAAAAGAAAAAUUACCUAUUUUAGGUGUUAUCUAUGAUUCUUGUUGCCACAAUUACCAAAAUAAAACAGUGUUAACUGUUAUGAUGGGUGGUUAUUGGUUCAAAGAUUUAUUCGGUGAUGAUCCUAGUGAAGAAACAUUAUUUAAUAUAGCCAGGGAUAAUUUAAAUAAAAUUUUAAAUAUUAGUGAUGAGCCUGUGCAAUAUAAGGUCAAUAUUUUAAGGCAAUGUAUUCCACAAUAUUUGGUUGGUCAUCAGCAAAACUUAGAAGAAAUCAAUAAGUAUAUAAAAGACAAAAAGUUGCCUUUGUCAUUGUGUGGGGCUUCUUAUAAUGGGGUUGGAGUUAAUGAUGUUAUACUUUCAGCUAAAAAUGCUGUAGAAAACAUUUAUUUAUAA